AUGUCGGCCACCGAAAAUCAAGAAUUCAUCAGUGGAGGUGGUGUUAGAUGGAUCCUUACGGGCGAAGAGCGUGCAAGCAUCACUAGUGCUCUCGGAAUCGAAGCACACAUAAUCGAUCACGUCAGAGGAAACGUUAUGACCAGAGAACGUUCAGUCUGUUCCGGAUGUGGGAAGCACUCCGGCUUGGAUGACUUGGUUCAUAAUGCCAUAAUGGCCGGAGUCCAUGAUGGAGCUUUUAUCCUCAAGGUUCUGGUUGAUGGACCGCAAUCCCGAAGUCCUGCUCAUGGGUUACAGUGCUCCCAUUGUAGCGAAAAUUUCGAUGGGGUUUAUGACUGGCAUUAUAUUCCUGUUGGUCAUGAAGAGGAUCAUUGA